AUGGCAUCAGCCCUUCGAUCAUGGAUCGACUGGGGUCGCGACCACCUCACACCCGUAUCACAUACCUCAACCUUCAGAUCAACAGGCCAAAUCACACCCGAGGAAUACGUCUUAGCCGGCGACUACCUCGUCUACAAGUUCCCAUCCUGGUCGUGGUCCGAUGCAGCCACACCAUCCAAGCGAGUAAACUAUCUACCACCAAACAAGCAGUUCCUCGUAACAAGAGGCGUGCCGUGCCACAAACGACUCGACGACAACUUUGCAGGCAGUGGAGGCGCGGCUGACGACUUGGUCCGUGAUGGAUUUCUGGGUGGACCUGACGAUGAACCUGGUGCCGAUGCGGACGAUGGCUGGUUGAGGACGGGUGGGACGAGUGAGAAGGAGCAGGAAGGCCUGCGUGGGCAGGUCAGGACUAUGUCUGAGUCUGGUCAAUUAGGGACUGCGGAGCGAGAGGAUGAGGAGGAGAUACCGGAUAUUGAAGAUGAGGACGAUGAUAAUGAGGCUAUUAUCCGAGACAAGUCGGAUCCUUCUUCAACGUCAACACGGACAUACACCCUCUACAUAACCUACACACCUUACUACCGAACUCCUAGAAUGUACCUCUCAGGCUACAUCUCUCCCUCCGAACCACUUCCCCCCACAGCCAUGAUGGAAGACAUAGUAGGAGACUACAAAGACAAGACCGUCACGCUCGAAGACUUUCCCUUCUUCGACAACAGCGUAAAAAUGGCAAGCAUACAUCCCUGCAAACACGCCAGCGUUAUGAAAAUCCUCCUCGAUCGAGCCGACGCCGCACUCAAGCUCAGACUACAAAAAGCAAAAGCAUCAGGUACAAGUCAAAUUGCAGGAGGAAAACCAAUAUCCGGAAUGGAAGGGCUGAUAGAUGAUACAAACAAGCUCGCUUUACAAGAAAACCAGAAGAGAGGGCACGAGGCUGGUGUAAAAGCUGGUGGCGGUGAUGAGUGGGAGGUACUUGAUCAAGCUGAUGAAGAUGAGAGUGAUGAGAAGGUUGCGAUACGGGUAGAUCAGUACCUGGUCGUAUUCCUGAAGUUUAUGGCUAGUGUUACGCCGGGCAUUGAGCAUGAUUUUACGAUGGGUGUUUGA